GCGGCGGGGGCUCCCUCCUUCCUUCCCUGCCUCCUUCCCUCCGUCCCUCCCUCCCUCUGCCGUCCGUCUGUCCGUCCGUCCCUCCUGCCGCCCGCCCGCCCGGGGCGCAGGGCGGGAGGCGGGAGCGGCCCCCCGCGCUCCGCACACGCGCACCGGGAGCCGCUCGGCCGUACCGGCGGAGCCGCCGCCGCCGCCCGCCGCCAACCCCCGCCCCGGGGGCGGCUGCCCCGGUGGAGCCUCCAUCUGCAGCCCGGCGGCGGAGCGGGAACAUGGCGGACCUGGAGGCGGUGCUGGCCGAUGUCAGCUACCUGAUGGCGAUGGAGAAGAGCAAGAGCACCCCGGCGGCCAGGGCCAGCAAGAAGAUCACCCUGCCCGAGCCCAGUAUCCGCAGUGUUAUGCAGAAAUACCUCGAGGAGAGGGGUGAAUUGACCUUUGACAAGAUCUUUCAUCAGAAAAUUGGAUUUUUGCUCUUUAAAGACUAUUGCAUGAAUGAGAUCGAUGAAGCUGUCCCUCAGCUGAAGUUCUAUGAGGAGAUCAAGGAGUACGAGAAGCUGGACUCGGAGGAGGAGCGGCUGUCGCGGAGCCGGCAGAUCUACGACACCUACAUCAUGAAGGAGCUGCUCUCCUGUUCCCACCCUUUCUCAAAACAAGCUGUAGAUCAUGUACAAACACAUUUAGCCAAGAAACAAGUGCCAGCCAGCCUUUUCCAGCCAUAUAUAGAAGAAAUUUGUGAUAGUCUCCGAGGAAAAAUAUUUCAAAAAUUUAUGGAAAGUGACAAGUUUACUAGAUUUUGUCAAUGGAAAAAUGUAGAGCUAAAUAUUCAUCUGACCAUGAAUGAUUUUAGUGUACAUAGAAUAAUAGGAAGAGGGGGAUUUGGUGAAGUGUAUGGCUGCAGGAAAGCAGACACUGGAAAAAUGUAUGCAAUGAAAUGUUUAGAUAAGAAGAGAAUCAAGAUGAAGCAAGGUGAAACAUUAGCCUUAAAUGAAAGAAUUAUGCUGUCUCUUGUCAGUACAGGAGACUGUCCUUUUAUAGUCUGUAUGACCUAUGCCUUCCACACCCCUGACAAGCUCUGCUUCAUUCUGGACCUCAUGAAUGGAGGAGAUUUGCACUACCACCUCUCCCAGCACGGAGUGUUUUCUGAAAAAGAGAUGAGGUUUUAUGCUACUGAAAUCAUCCUGGGCUUAGAGCACAUGCACAAUCGCUUCGUGGUGUACAGAGACCUGAAGCCUGCAAAUAUCCUGCUGGAUGAACAUGGGCACGUGAGGAUAUCAGACCUUGGGCUGGCUUGUGACUUCUCCAAAAAGAAGCCACAUGCCAGUGUAGGAACCCACGGGUACAUGGCCCCCGAGGUGCUGCAGAAGGGCACAGCCUACGACAGCAGUGCUGACUGGUUCUCCCUGGGCUGCAUGCUCUUCAAGCUGCUGAGGGGGCACAGCCCUUUCAGGCAGCACAAAACCAAAGAUAAGCACGAGAUCGACCGGAUGACGCUCACCGUGAACGUGGAGCUCCCGGAUUCCUUUUCCCCGGAGCUGAAGUCCCUUCUGGAAGGGCUCCUGCAGAGGGAUGUGAGCAAGAGGCUUGGAUGCCAAGGAAGAAGCGCACAAGAAGUAAAGGAACAUCCUUUCUUCAAAGGCAUUGAUUGGCAGCAAGUCUAUUUACAGAAGUACCCUCCCCCCCUGAUUCCUCCCCGGGGAGAAGUCAAUGCAGCAGAUGCUUUUGAUAUUGGCUCCUUUGAUGAAGAGGACACUAAAGGCAUUAAGUUGCUUGAUAGUGACCAGGAGUUAUAUAAGAACUUCCCUCUGGUAAUAUCGGAGCGUUGGCAGCAAGAAGUAGCAGAAACUGUUUAUGAUGCAGUAAAUGCAGACACAGAUAAAAUUGAGGCCAGAAAAAGGGCUAAAAAUAAGCAGCUUGGCCACGAGGAAGAUUAUGCCCUGGGGAAGGACUGUAUCAUGCAUGGGUACAUGCUCAAGCUGGGGAACCCCUUCCUGACUCAGUGGCAGCGGCGUUACUUUUACCUCUUCCCCAACCGGCUGGAGUGGAGAGGAGAAGGAGAGUCCCGGCAAAACCUGCUGACAAUGGAACAAAUAGUAUCUGUUGAAGAAACACAAAUUAAAGAUAAGAAAUGCAUCUUACUGAGAAUUAAAGGAGGAAAACAGUUUGUCCUACAGUGUGAGAGCGACCCCGAGUUUGUCCAGUGGAAAAAGGAGCUGACAGAGGCUUUCACCGAGGCCCAGAGGUUGCUGCGCCGGGCUCCAAAGUUCCUCAACAAAUCCCGCUCCACAGUGGUGGAGCUCUCGAAGCCCCCGCUCAGCCACAGGAACAGCAACGGGCUGUAGGAGACACCCACCACCUUCCCGCAGGGAGAGCUGCUUGGUGCACCUGCAGAGCGUCCCAGAAUCCUUGUCAACGAAUGACUUUGUGCAGUGCUGGAGGCGGGAUGUGCCUGGAAGAGGAGGAGUUCCGUGUUUACAGCCUGGCCUGGGGCCAGGACUCUGUCUGCGGCAGGGGGGGACCCUGCCCCUGGCAGCAGCAGCAGCAGCAGCAGCAGCAGCGCUGGAGGUCACCAAGCCCAGAGGCUGCUCCUUGCUCCCCACCCCCGGCGGGGCCGAGCUCCGUCCCUCUGGAACUACUGAUGGAAGGAAGGAAGAGGCUUUGUCCCUGCCGUGGCCUGGCUGGCAGGGGGGUGACGCUCCCGUGGUGACACCGACGGACCGUGGUGGGUGCCCCCCCUCGCUCUGUGGUGUUGCCGUGUCCUCGCCGACCAUUACUGCUGACUCUCGGAUCACCUUGCUCCAUACUGCUGAUGAUCAACAGUGUGACUCUGAUGCACUUCAAAGUACUGAAUUCUUAACUGUCCUGUGGUUUAAAUGUUAUUGCUACUUCAUGGGAGCGUUGAACUCGAAUUAUUCCCUGGGUUUGUUGUACUCACUAAUAGUAGCUACCACCGUUUUGCUUCUUCUACGUAUAUGCAGUACUAUAACUGACACAAUAGAGUAAUAAUUGGUGAAGAGGAAUUUAUGGUAGCUUCAUCUAGUGCUCUGUUGUAUAAAUUGACUAUUUUAGCACAGUUUUUAAAGAGCAGAUUCCUUUUGACAAGUUUACAGUGAACAUAAAAAGACAGUUCUUUUCCAUUUCAGGUCAACUGCACUUUUUAAAAAAAAAAAAGAAAUUAAAAAGAAAUGAUUCAAAUCCAGUGCAUUCUAGAGCAUGUGCUGGGUUCAGGUGUGUGUGGGUACCUCGGUACGUAUCCCGGAUCACUCCUCAGUCCUGGGACUCGGGAUCCUCCUCUGCUGUACACAGGUGUGUUCCCAUAGCAUAGAAAUCCCCAGAAAUCCCCUGGAGCCUGGCCCAGGAGGUUUGUGCACAUAUCACAGCUCAGCUUGGGAAAGGAGCUCUCAUUUUCUGUUCUGAAGAGUUCAAACUGCCCACAGUGAAAGCAGUGUGAGAAAACUGAGCAUGGACGAGCUGAUCAAAUGCCAGCUUUAUGUUAAUCCUACCUGAGGCAUCAGGGUGGAAAGUCUUGCUGAAGGAAAGAUCUCACCCUGAGCUGUCCCACAGCUUCCCCAAGCUGGGCUUUGCCCUGGGUGUUGUGGUGGUUUCUGAGAGAGAGGUCAGGGCUGAACUUAAGCUGUUUUUCCAAUUCAGUGAGCAGCUUAGAGAAGAUUUUUCUUCCCAGCUCUCACAGUCCCUGAAGAGAGUGGAGCUGUGCCUGUGUCAGUGGGAGUAGAAGUUGUGCGUGGCUUGUGGAGCGUGUGUGGCUGUCAGAUCCCCACAGAGUUCCUUGGAGAAAAGUAGGAAAAGUGGCUCUGUUUGCUUCUGCAUGGGAGCUGGGUUUGCUGCACAGCUUGUGCAAACCCUGGCUGACCACCUGGGGCUGCACCAAAGGGAAAAUGCAUUCUGGAAAACACCCCCCUGAGAAAGUGGUUUCUUUCAGUGAUUUCCCCCCCCCCUAUUUAUUUUCUAAAUUAUUCUGUGCAAACAGCACCAGCCUCUCUGUCAUUCCUGUUGAGCAUCUCAGCUCCUCUGCAAGGAGCAGUGUCAGAGGUGAUUGGUGAAAGGUUGGACUUGAUGAUCUUGGAGGUCUCUUCUGACCUAAAAUAAUUCCAUGAUUCUUUGUGUGGUAUUUAAAAAAAUGUUUGGGAUACAAAAUGCCACAUCCUGCUGGCUGUGGUUCAGUUUUCCCUACAAUACCAUGCAAUGCUCUUAUUUUUCUCCUUGAUUUAGGAAAAAGCCCUCAGAUGGUGUUAAAACCUUCUCACAGUUCUUGUGUAACUCGUUUUUACUUCCUUAGUCCCUGCUCAGUCCCAUUCUUCUCCUUCAGUGAUUUUCCAUGGCUGGAUUUCACUCUCACUCCCUGUCAGCAGAUUCCAGUGUCAGUGAGGGAGGAACAGGUCAUCAGCUGGGAAAUUGUGCCUCAAACCCAGAGAUUUUAUAUGAAAUGAAGGCUGUGUAUUGUCUUAGGGAAAUACAUUUAUUUUGAAAUGUGAUGGAAUUGGGAUGGCCCUGGAAUAUUCUCAUUAUUGUGGUCUUUGCUGCCCCGUCCAACCUGCAGUGGGAGGGGCAGGAAAAGAUUUGGAUUUCUUUAGCCAGCUGUGAUUUAUUGACAGUUGAAAAUAGCUUUAUUUUUGUGACUUUUAUCUAACUGUGCAGCUAGGAGAGGAGAGGUUAUCACAGUACAAACUCCUGAAUGAAGGUGGGGUCCCAGUGAGAGAGGGGGCUCUGUGUGGAAGUGCCGGUGUGGAGGGAGAGCUGGAAUUGCACCCUCCAAACCAAGAAAUCCUGGAUACUGCCCCAGACUGCUCCUUCCUGGUGUAGGAACCAGAGUCUCUGAAGUUUUUGUUUUGGACAAAGAUUCCUGGUGGUGUUAAUCUGCAGGAGGGUCUUUGGCUGCGUGUUUGGGAUCUCAUUUAUUUGCCAAUUAUUUUGCAAAUUCAUGAAACUGUUAAAGGAGCAUUUACUGUGGGGUGUUUUUUGUGGUUUUUUUUUUCCCAAUCCUUCAUCCAAGUGUUGGCCAUCCACUUCUCCAAGUGUAAAUCUUCUUCCUCUUAGUUGUGUUUGAUCUUUUUGUGUUCUUGUCCCUGGUCCAGCAGAGCCUCAGCUGCAGGCUCAGGGCUCCUUCCCAAAGUGCUGCUGUGAGAGAAGCUGGAGUAAUGCUAGAGUGGAUCCAGCUGGGAUUGACAUUCCUGGUAUGUUCCCCCACCCCCCAGCAGGCUUCAAAAAAUCUUGGAGCAGGCUAAUAAUAGCUGGAAGUGUGUCUGGGAAGGGAAGCCUGGCAGGUAGGGAGAGAGCAGCUUGGGGGAUAGACCUUGGCUUAGUCACAUUUGAGUUUUCCUGAAUUUCUUGGGGCUGCCCUGAGCAGAGUCAGGAGUUGGACUCUGAUGAUCCUUUUGGGUCCCUUCCAGCUCAGGAUAUUCCAGGAUUCUGUGAUUCAGCACCUCCCCUUUAGAAACCCAGUGGAAGAUUUUCCUCUCCCACUUCUACCAAGGGGGAAAAACCCAAAAAUUGAAUGGUGAGGUUGGGUUUGGCUUUGAGAUAAAUCAGGAUAAAUCAGGUGUGUGCAGCCCAGCGUGGAGGACCAGCCCCAGCACUGUCAUUCCUGGGGUUUGCAGGGAAUCAGCUCAUGAGGAGUGAAAUCCCUGGAGCUCGGAGUUGCUCUUUCCCUGGCAGCUGGUCAGCUUUAGGGACAGGUUCCUUGGUCCCAUGUCCAUAUCCGUGUCCUGCAGCCGUUGGCACGGCGGUGUCACCCCCAGCACGUGGCAGUGACACGGCCACUCCCCCUCUGAGGUGUUUGCACCCAAAAUAUCCCCAGAGGAAGGACUGCUUGAAGUGUACAGUAGACAAGAAAUUAUUCCAGUGGUGUUGAUUAAUAUAAGGAAUGAGUCAGUUCUACGAAUUAAAGAAAAAGAAAAUCUGAGAAGCGUAUUUUGACAAAGCAUAGUAUUAAUUUUAAUAUUGUAAAAAAAAAAAAGGAAAAUAUCUAAAAUAUACAGAGAAAAUAUGUAUAUCCAAAUGUCUGAGGAGUUUCAAGAUAAUCUACUUUUGUUUCCUGUUGGUUUCUAUUCCAUGGUGUACAUAUUGUGUGGAUGGAACAUCGGCUGUUUUAAUACUAUUGUUAAAUUGUAUUUUUAUUUUGUGUUGAACUAAUCAUCACAGACUCAGCUUUAUUUUGUUUAUGUAAAGGUUGCUAUGCUCUGUAGGUAUAAACCCGAGAAUUCUAUUUUAACAGAAAAAGCAUUUUAUAUUAUUUAUUAAAUACAUGUUUCUCCAACUUCUGACAUUCCACAGAAUUUCUGCUCCGUAUCUGUAUGGAAGUGGCAGCUCCUUUCAAACAGGAUCAGCCAGCUUUAUUCUGUUUUUCAUGACAAAGUAGGGAUAGAUUUCCUGAGCCUGUGCAGCCCUUCUCUCCCUUCACAGGGAUUCCAAGCUCAGUCAGGACCAUCUCAGGUGGAAAACUGCAAAUCCACCCCUCUGUGGGAUAUUUCCAAAUUUCUCCUUUAUCCCUCAGCAUUCCCAGAGCAAGUGUUUAUUCACAGGAAUCUGUGCUGAGUUAAAGAGAAUUAAUGACCUGAAUUGGGGCAAGGAGUCAGCGUGGUGUUUGAUCCAGCUCAGCCAUCAGGGAGUUGCAGAGUUCUGUCAUUCCCAGGGGAAGGAGCGAGUGGAGGGAGAGCCUGGACCCAAAAUGUCUUCGCUGGAGAUGGGUUUGGCGUUUCAGGGGGAUCACUUGAUCCUUGAAAACAGGAUCCUGAGGCAGGAGCAGUGCCAGAUCACUGUCCUAGAGCCAGGGCCAGGGCGGGACCCUGCUUGGUGUCACAUCUCAGGGGGGUGGCGGCCACCAGGGACCCUGCAGGGACUGUCCCUUGGCAUGUGGGGAGGGUGACACUCAGGCAGGACCCCUCUGUGGUGCCAUCUCCCCAGGAGCUGCCUCUGCUGGGCACAUCUGGGCACACCUGCAGAGCCAACCCCAGCACCUCUGUCCCCAGUGAGGUACAGAAAUAGCCCUUAAUUUAUCAGGUCACUCAGUUCCUAAAAAUAAUUCCAGUUGUGAGCCUGGCCUGUGCAGUUUGAGGAACACUUGAGGAAUUCACAUUGUGUGCUCUCAGUUUGCACUGUGGUGGGGCUGGGGGUCUGUGCUGGUCAGGGCUGAUCCCCGUGGCAUUUCUGGGUGAAAUGUGGCAUUUUCCAUUGCCACAUUUCCAUUGCCACACUGCUGCUGAAGUUCUCUCUGUGCUGAGGGGGAAUCCCUGCUGUGCUCUCUGGAGUAAUCUCUGCCUUUUUUCCCUGUUUCCCUCUCUGAUCCCAUUGGAUUUUGGGGUGAGCUGUAGCCCAAGCUGUUCCCGGAGGGAGGAAGGAGCUGGCAGUGCUGGUGGCAUUGUGGCUCCUUAGUGUCACCCCUGGAAAGGUGCCGUGGUGGGAGCAGUGCUGCUGGCCUGGGAUGUGUCCAGGCAGGGAUUUGGCAGAGAACCUGGGGACAGCUGCAGGAAGGUGGCUUUGUCCAGGGCCAGGUUGGUCUGGGUUUGUGUUUCCAGGCUGGAAAAGGAGAUGGGCUGAGGUAUGGGCUGGGAAGAGGCUUUCCUGUUGGUAGCAGGCAUCUUCUCCUCAGGGAAAGGGAGAGAGCAGACAAUGGGUGAGAAGGCACCAAAAAAAUGUGUGUGAAAAACAGAAUAAAGCAGGAGCAUCCUCAGAGAGGGGAUUUGUGAGCACUUCCAGUGCCUCACUAGGUCCUUUAAAACAAAAAGGAGCAGAUUCACACGAACAGCUACUCGCGAUGAAGGAAACGAUCGAAAGAGAACCUGUCCAAAAUGUGUAAUUAAUGGUAAGCAAAGCCAGGAUCUGUAAAUAACUUUAGAUAUUGUAUCGAUGAGAUCAUUCCUUGUUUUAUGUACUUGGCUCUUUCCAUAUUUAUUGUGGGGAGGAGGCUCCCAUGAGCUGUGGCCUCGCUCCUCACGGACUGUCCCGGAGUUUACAGCCCCGUCGUGGCGGGUGUGCCACCCUCGGUUCUUGCCGCCAGUAUUUUUUUAACGGAUUAUUUUGGCACAGCUAAGCUGCUUCUGUGUGUUGGUCAGUACAACUGCUCUCCUACGACCAGACCCCAAUAAAAACCGUCCUUUGCGUGUG